AUGAGCGGUCUAAGUAAUCUAGGGACCGGAUUGACCGUAGUCUUCCUGGUCUGUUUCUUGCUUCUGCUCGCAGAGGUCUCCUACGUUAUCUGGUGCCGGCGUAGGUUCCGACGACAAAACACCACCGUAGAGUCUAACGCUUCAGGGGAACCUUACACCACCUCCACCACCACCACCAAUAGCAGCAACCCUUCAAAGGAACUAAUAUAUUUUUCCUGCUGGAAAAAACAGUCACGCAUCGAGCCCGCAGCAGCUCCGACAGCUUCCACCACGGACCAGGAGGAUGCGUCACCGGAAAUCGAUAACCCGUUGAAAUGGCAUGUUCUGUACUGGCAAUCAAGGCUUCUAUUCACCAUCAAGGAAGAGGACAAAGAGGAUUUGGAGUCUGAGAAAUCUUCUUCGGCGGAGAGGAACCCAAACCCCAACCCCAACAAGAAGAAGAGGGUUUCUCUUGGGGAAUGUUUUGAGAUUACCCGAGAAGAGCCACCGGUAGAGACGGUCUCAGUCGCAGUUGAUGUGGAGAGUCUGCAAACAGAGAGUACUCCGUUUAUGACGCCAUGUGCUUCACCUUCUACCUGCACUCCGUCGCCUUCUCCUCCUCACGUUGCUGGAGAAAACAAGAGUGAGUCUUCCGUCAGCUUAGAAGUUCACGGCGGAUGA